AUGCACAGCUUUCGCCCGCUCAUCAUUUUCUUCCAAAAACACCCAGUCCACCAAGUUUAUUUUCGAAUCAACUUGAUUUUAAUGAUGGAGGAAUAAUUCCAGUUAUGGCAAACCUUGAUUUCUGUCCAGUUCGGGUCGAUGGUCCUCCUCACGAGCCAGCAAACUGGAAUGCCUUUUUUGGUCCGAACUGCAAACAAGGUUUCUACUUACUUAAUGCGAAACAUGGCCUUCAAAAAAAAAAGUUUCUUUCCAUCCAAAUUUUAACAUUCCACUUGAAACUGCACAAAAGUUUGAUUUUUGCAGAAAACAGACUUGAAAAUGCAUUGAAAAAGGGCGAAGAGUACGUUUUUGAAAGAGAUAACACUUAGUGUCGACCGUUUUUUGCUAGCUGAGAUAUCUGAAAUUCAAAAACUGAGACUCAUUUCCUUUUUUGAUAAAAAAAAAACAUAAUCAACGAUACAAAAAGACCGGGAAAGUUUUUAUAAGCAAGAGAAAUUUUUAAAAAAAUUCCGUUUUUUUGAGACCGAAAAUGAGCCCUUAGGUACUUUUUUUGAGGGUGAGUAGAUAGAUAUAGACACAAUUUUAUUAAAAGUUUAAUUAAUACAUAACCGAAAAAAUUACAAAAGUAAAGCAAAAGAAUGGAAAAAACAAAAAAAUUUUCGAAGCUUCAUUCAUUUUACGGCAAAGAUGCUCCAUGGAACGUCAAUUUUCCAUUUUUUUUUUCUCUUUUUUUCUUAUUUUCUCUUUUUUCAGAGCCAUUUCCUACCAACAACAUGUGUAUUCAUGAUGGAGGUGCUGAAACUUCUUUUCUGUUUCCUGGUCGUUUGGAAGAAUUGCGCUUCUUUUCCGAAGUAGGGUUUGACAGAACUUCAAACGUAAAUUUGUAUCUAUAAGUGAAAAAUUAUUUACAGAGCUUUUUCCACGUUGAAAGCCUCUGUCUGGAACAACAAAGUCGAGACUUUGAAGGUUUUUCGAAUAGAAAGUGUUAUAUUUUUAAUUGUUUUUUCCAGGUCUCGAUUCCAGCCGUUGUUUAUGCCAUUCAAAACAAUCUUUACUACAUCGCCUUGGCUAAUAUUGACGCCACGACGUACUCAGUAAGGCCACAAGCUUCAAUUUCUUCAAAAUAAUGAAUAAUCUUUAAGGUGACUUACCAAUUGAGGAUACUCACAACGGCAGUUUUGUCAGUCUGUCUCCUUCAAAAAAGGCUCUCCGUUGAGCAAUGGGGAGCGCUGAUUUUGUCGCUUUUCGGUGUUAUUUUUGUUCAGGUUUAAUUCGAGUCAUUUAUUUUCAAUUUCCGUCUUCUUCAGGUUGACCAGACAAAGUCGGUGGCGGCUUCGGUGGCUGGGAAUAAAGUUCUGGGAAUUUUGUCGACUUUUGGAAUGUGCUGGACGAGCGCUUUUGCGGGUAUCUUGUUGAGAAGAUAAAAAAGGACCUUGAGAUUAGAAUUUAGUGAAUUUUGCUCCUUCAAAAUGCUUUGCUGAAACGUUCUUUUUGACUCAAAAUUGAAUAAAUUAAAAAAUCUGAAAAGCAAGUUUUUUCCAGGCGUGUACUUUGAAAAAAUGCUGAAAGACGCUUCGGCCGACGUUUGGAUUCAAAAUAUUCGACUCUCCUUGCUCACUUUGAUUUUUGCCGCUCUGACGAUGGUUGUCAGUGAUUUUACCAAAAUUAUUGACGGUUAGUCAAUUAAAACCUCGGAAUUUAUUUAAAAUUUUCUAGACGGUUUCUUCCAAGGCUGGACUUCCAUAGUCUGGCUCGUUACCGUACUCAACUCGGUUGGUGGAAUUUGCGUGUCGAUAGUCAUGAAAUACGCGGACAACGUCAAAAAGACUUACUGCCAGUCUAUAGCUAUUGGUAAGUUUUUUAGGCAUCUAAUUUUUUUGGCUCAUAAAAUUUUUUAAUAGAGCUUUUUUCGCUUUAAUGUGCACUUAGAAAUAAUUGUUUUUGGUUUUUUUUUUUGUCAUUCACAGGGUUGAGCUUCCGAAACCAUUUAUUGCUAGGGAAAUGCCCCUCAAGGACUACUUGAAGACGUCACUAAAGUGACCACUAAAACCACCUCUAUAGAAUACACUGUUUGGCGUAUUAGUGACCACUAUAGUAGUUUUAGUAGUGCCACUCAGACCUCUAAAGAGGCCACUAAUUUUAGGCCACUUAAGUGGUCACUAAUUAAACUACUAUAGCGGCUACUGAAACGAUAAAACCCUACAGUGGCCUCUAAAAGUUUUCCCACAAUUCAAAACCCUCAUCACUCUGAACUUGUCUUCAACAAUAUAAAUUGCCAUUUUCCUCAAGUUCUUUUUUUUAAAGUUGAAAUUCCAGGCCUCACUGCUCUAAUAUCAAUCUUCCUGGGAGAAAGAACAUCUACGGCCAUGCUUUUCGAAGGAGUCACCAUGGUGAUCGUGUCCGUCUUCUUGUACGCCAUGUACCCUCCUCACGAGUACAAGAAAAUCCCGCAAACUCCUGAGAUUGACGAAGAUGAAGAGCUGGGUUUUGUAGAAAACGAAAAAGAUGUACACAAUGUAUGAAUUUUCUCUGUUAGAUUUGUCAAUGGUUAUAUGGGUACUUUAUCUGUGAUAUUUCAGUUUCAUUUACGGGUUUUUAGCAUUGGAUAAUUUAUUUUCUCAUGGAAUAAAGCCAUUUUCUCGGUUUUUUCUGUUAUUCGGAACACUGAGAAUUCAAAGAAAGAAGAAAAUCAAGUAAAAUGAAAAAGGAUUUAUUUUGGCUUGAGGGAUUACUGUAGCGGUCCUCUGCAGUUUGCACCGAAAUUUUGCACACAAAACUCGACCUCACGACACACAUUUUUUUGCUGUUUUUUUUUUUUAUGAAAUAAUUAUUAUAUUUUUGAGCCUAUUGUUUUCUAUUUUUUGUGAUAACCACGAAUAGUUUCGAAUUUCAAUGAAAGUUACUCGUACAUUAUAUAGCAAUAUAUCGUUUUUCACCUAUUUUCGAUUUAUCAGUUUUUUUUUUGUUCAAGCACGUAGUUCAAUAUUUAAGCUCCUUUUUCCAGCAUGGACGUCGAUUUGACGGCGGUUGAGGUUAUUUUUGCUCAGAAACUUGCAUGUGGUGAGCCGACGACGAGGCGUCGUGCCUUGAAAGUCCUUCACGAAUGGAUCGUCGAUCAAUCAUCUAAACGUCGUCAGUCUCCACUCCUUUUUUAGUUCCUUCAAGGAAAACUUUCAGCUUUUGAUGAGAAUGAUUUGAAAAGGUUAUGCAAAGGUCUGCAUUACGUCAUGUGGAUGCAGGACAAAAUGUUGAUGCAGGUUGUUUUUCUGGAUUUUUUUAAGUGAACGAGAAAAAAUUCAGGAAGAAUUGGCGGAUAGGAUCGCUGGACUUUUAACUGUUUUCAAAUCAGAGGAAGAGCGAGUUCUUUAUGUAAAAGCCUUCUUGGAGAGUUUGUCAGUGGAAUGGAUCCAUAUUGAUCGCUGGCGAAUGGAUAAGUUCUUGAUGGUUAUUUUAAAUUAUUUUCUAAUUUGAUAGAUUUUUUUAAAGGAAGUCCGAAGGAUGUUGAGAUCUGUAUUCGCUCAUCUUGCCUCCUUGUCUUGGAAAAAAAGAAAUACGGGAAAAGUACUGGGACGCCUUCAAACAAACGGCCAUUUCUGAUGGUUUUCAUCAGGAAUUUCGAAAAAAAAGUUCAUUUUUAUAACUUUAGAUAAUAACUUCCGGGAAUCUUUAAAGUUCCAUUUUGCUUCCUUAUUGCUUGAUGAGCUGGAUCUGGCUGGUUAGUUAAAAUUGACUCUUAUUUUAUUAAUUUUUCGAGAGUUUUCAGGCGGUUUGAAUAAAAAUCAAGUCAUGUGGUGUUUGCAGCCAUACGCCGAUCUGCUCGGCCAGCGGUCAAUCAGGUUUUUUUUCCGAAAUCAAGACUUUUUUAAGGAAAAAGUAACCCUUUAGUGACUACUUCUUCGAUUCGAUUUGCGAAGAGAUUUUUAUGACCAUUUUGCAUCAAAGAAGUGAAGUUUUCGCGGCGAUGGAACAGGGAGAAGAUCCUGCUGAACAGAGCGGCGGAAUCGAGGUUUUAAUUUUUUUUUUUAAAGGAGCAAGGAUGAAUUUUUAAAUAAGUCUCAAGACGAAGAUUCUUUCUUAGCGUUUAUUUUGAGUCUUUGAAUGCUACUGAAUCUUCAACCACCACAAAAAUUUGAAUUUUCUUUGAGUAACAAGAAGGUUUUUUUCAGUUCGACUACAAAGGCCUGAGCAAAAUGCUGUUCGAUGUUGGAAAAAAGCCGGACGUGACGUCGAAACGAAGAGCCAAGAUAUACGCCUUGGUCAAAAAGUGAGUGAUUUUUGAAAGAGUUCUUGAGUUAUAACCUUAGGAAAACUCGUAAAGAAAUUGUGCAAGUUUAAAAUUAUUCCCAUUGAUAUUCGAUUUUUUUUAGGCUCUACACGCACAAGUGUAUACUAAAACCUGAACUACCUGAAUUUUGAAAAACUGUUUUUUUUUAAUGAGAAAAAUGAUAACUUCUAAGAAAGACCAAAAACUCGAUAUUCUGACUAUUUUUCCGUUUUUCAGCCCGGUAUUAAUAUGCUUGUUGUAAAACGUGAAUUUCAAAGGUCUUGUAACUCUAGAGAAUGUUAAAAGAAGGUGCUUCAAGUUUUAUGAAAGACCAACGAAAAUUUAUUUUCUGAUUAUUUUUCUGAUCUUCGGCCAAGUGUUCAUAUGCUUGUAGUAGAACCUGAAGUGCGUGAAUUUCAAAGUUCUUAGAAAUUUGGAGAAUUUUGAAAGGCUGUGGUUAAACUUUUUAAAAAAUCGAUAUUCUCAUUAUUUUUUUCUGAUUUUUUUGGCGGAGCAUUUAAUUUUAGUGCAUAUGCUCGUAGUAAAACCUAAGCUUCGUGAAUUUUAAAAUGUCGGAAAUCUGGAAAAUGUUGUAAAGAGGUGCUUUAACUUCUAAGAAAGACCAAGAACUCGAUAUUCUGACUUUUUUUUUUCUGGUUUUUGGCCAAAUAUUAAUAUUUUAGUAGCAAAACCUAAACUGUAGGAUUCUUAAAAUUUUUAAAAUUUGGAGAAGGUUUGAAGGAGGGGCUUGAGUUUUGGAGUAGACUAAAGUAAAAAUAAAUUUUUUUAUGUAGAAGAAUGUUUCUUUACUCCAAAAUAAAAAAAAACCCCCCAUUUCUAGGUUUGACACGGCGGCUUCUGGCUCAGAUCCUCUCCUUUUCGUGCCCCCAGAACCUGCCGAAAAGCUCACCAACGCCGAUUUCGUCGAAGCCGAGAAGAGGAUUUUGAAGAUGGACGAGGAGAUCCGGAAAGAACGGGAGAAGAGCAAGAAGGCCAGAAAGUGAAUUUAUUUUCCUGGAUUCUAUAAUUUUAAUUAAAUAGAGAGUUGAGAGGAAAUAGGAGCAAAAAGAAAAUUUCUCGCCAAAAUUUUCGAUUUCUAUAACGGAUAGGUAGAGUUAUAGUGCUUGGAGGAUCAAUUAAAGUCAUAAAUUAUGUUAUUUUUAUGCUUCAUUUCAAUUUCAGCUCGUUUAAAUUGCACUACAAAACUUGAAAAAAGCCAAGUUAUACUUUUUUUUUUUAAAAGUGUCCACUUUAGGGAAGCCAAGGCCCGAGCCGCCGGUCUCUCAACGCCGAGCGAGAAAAAACCAAAAAAGACGGUUUCCGUAAAGAAAACCAAGCUUUCAAAGAAGAAAAAGUCGGUCAAAAGCCCCGGAAUCAUCAAGAAAAAGCCGAUGAAGAAACGCGCAAAAUAG